AUGCCAGCUCCCCCGUAUCGAGCAAGGUUCGCAGUGCUGACGGCACUGGUCUUAGCCGCUGCACUCGUUCUUCUCAGUAGACAGAAACUACUGCAGCGCGUUCCAGAUCCUCGGCAAUCGGCGCAGAAUGCGUGGGAUGUGUCUGCUAACCACAGUGCCAUGCUUCAUGACAAUAAUGAAGUCAUUGCCGACACCCAGGGCAAACCAGAUAUCCAUGCACGAGCACCUCCCACCGAGCCUCUGACCAUCGCCUCCACGGAAAGAGAAGGUGCCAUGUCGCUAGCCCUACAGACCUCCACCACCGAGCACGCCGACGCCCUGCUCAAAAAGGCUGGCCGUCAACCUGCAGGCUACUCAAUCGCGACCCACCGGGUCGAUCCAGCAGCACUAAGCGACAACGGCUGGACCUGCAGCACCGACCCACGCGUGCGUAACUUCGACAGGAGCAGCCGCGUUCCAGUCCAGAGUGCACUAGCGGGCUUAGGCCUCUCCCUCAUUGUGACGAAAGAAGAGCAUCCCACUAAUCCCGAAGCUGGGCGCUUCCACGCGAUCGAAUGCAGACAUGACCAAUCUUAUGAGAUGAAUGGGCAAAACCACCUCCCAACCCACGCCCCUUCCACCUUCGUCCUCAACCCCACCGAAGGCACCAUCAUCCGAAACGGCCGGCAAAUCAGCCCGGAAGAUACAGUCCGCCAGAACUCUAUCCUCGGCGCUUCGACUCCGGCCGCGCCUCCACUCGAAGCCUGGGACAUCAUAACCGUACUGAACAAUGCGCCGCCUCGUCGGAAGCCCACCCAGCAGUAG